UGCUGCCGAGUGUGUCUACACUCACCUGCCACGGACUCCGUUAGUUAGGAAAUCUCGUCAAGAAGGAUUGCGCGUUCAAGAGAAGUUAUUUAAGCAGCAAGUGGGGAAUUGAGGGCAAUCCUACCGCUUCUGAGGAAUGAUAUGCGUUGGAUAGAUGAAUGAAUUAUAACUAUAGUUAAGUUACAUACAUAAAUUUAUUUUUGAUACAGAUCGGAUACUCCGUAGUCAGUCGGAAGCUGAGCCGAGGCCCUGCUGGUUUGAGCAGCAGCGAUCGUUCGUUGUUGCCACCAGCUCCUUCCCAUUCCGUCAACAACACAACAACAGAAACGGAAGACACGGAAACAUAAAAGAACUCAUUCAUUCAUUCAUUCAUUCAUUCAUUCAUUCAUAUAUAUCCCAUAAUAUAUUCCAUAUACAUGUCUAUACAUCUAUACUCCUUCUUCAGCAGACAACACAACGCGGUGCUCAGACUCAACAAUCAGACAGUAGCCAGCUAUUCCCGUGCUCAAACACCUCGACAUUUCCUCCGCAGGCUCCACCAUCCACCAGCCACCAGCGUCAUCGUCGCCAUGUCUUCCGCUACGUCCUUCUAUGACUUCGAGGCUGCCGACAAAAAAGGCGACCCCUUCCCCCUCUCCAGCCUGAAAGGCAAGGUCGUCCUCGUCGUCAACACCGCCUCCAAAUGCGGCUUCACCCCUCAACUCAAGGGCCUCGAAUCCCUCUACACCUCCAUCAACAGCGCGCACCCAGACAAGUUCACCAUCCUCGGUUUCCCCUGCAACCAAUUCGGCUCGCAGGACCCAGGCUCUAAUGACGAGAUCCAAACCUUCUGCUCCGUCAACUACGGCGUCACCUUCCCCGUCCUGGGCAAAGUCGAGGUGAAUGGCGACAACGCCGCGCCGUUGUGGAAAUGGCUUAAGGCCGAGAUGCCCGGCCUAAUGGGCAUGAAACGCGUGAAGUGGAACUUUGAGAAGUUCUUGAUUGGCGCCGAUGGGAAGGUUGUGCAGCGCUGGGCCAGUCUAACGAAGCCGGAAUCAUUGAAGGGCGCUAUCGAAAAGGAGAUUGAGAAGAUGGAAAAGAUAAAUGUGAAGGCGGCGACUGAGCCUGCGCCCGAGAUUCCCACGGAUCCAGUGACUCAAUCGUGAUUUGUUAUUCUGGGUCGGUUUGGAAGUGGGGUGGCGAGAUGAUACGAUAGUGGAUGGCGUUUGUCUCUCUAUUAGUCCCUUUUCUCUGUUCCGCUUUUUUUCCCCUCUGGUGGAUUCUUGUUUUGUCUUGGUUUAUGUUUAUGCAUAUAUUUACCGCAUUGUUUGCACUGGUUUUUCGUGAUGGGCGGGUGCCAUUAAUCUGCUAUUCUUACACCCCGUCCCGGAUCCAAUGCUCUAACUCGAUCCCCUACGUUCUCGUACACGAUCAAAUUGUUAUCAGAGAUUCCCCCCUGGUCACGCUUAGUUUAGUUGCUGUUGUGUUUACUUUUUGUUCCCUUGCUGGGAUAGCUUUUCUUCCCACUUUUAAUGUCCUCUUUUGUGUUUCAGUUUACGCUGUGUAUUCUCUCUCUCUCUGCUCCAUCCUCAGCUGUUAUUAUGAUACCAAACAAGGAAAAACCGAGAGCCUUUUGUAUACUUAUGGAAAAGAAAAAAAAUAGAUACAAGUAAAACGAAAUUGUAUUUCAGUUUAUCUAAACUUGAGUGGUAUGUUUGCGCUCUUUUUUGGUUUGCUUUCGGGCAGACGCUUAGAGCGUAGCUUUGAAUGGGAGAAUUAUUUUAUAAAAUUCCUUAAACAGAAGAGGGGAAGAGAGGAUAGGAGUUUCAACGACUUCAGCCAUUCAUUCAUUCAUUCAUUCACGCAUUUACUUCGGGUAUAGAAUGAAUUUUAUUUCGACCCAGGCGGGAGAUCAAUUUUCCCAGCCUGCACGCAUGAUAUUGAUGGUUUUAGUGACUACCCUUCUCAUCCAUGUGAAAUGCUUAACAUAUAAAAUAUACAUACAUUAUAUCCCUUUCGAUUUCAUCCACUCAUGACAUGGGGUUGCACAUCCAUCCAUUC